GGAUCCCUCCGUUUCCAAAUCUAUUGAAAGGAUCUUCAAGAUCUGGGAGGACAGAAAUGUGUACCCCGAGGAAACCAUUUUGGCACUGAAAGAAGCUCUGAGUACCACGUUCAAAACUCAGAAGCAGCUGAAGGAAACGCUGAACAAACAACCGAACAAGCCGUGGAAGAAGUCGCAAACAUCCACGAACCCAAAAGCUGCUUUGAAGUCCAAGAUCGUUGCCGAAUUCAGACCGCAGUCUCUCAUCGAUGAGCUGCUGCUGUACAAGCGCUCGGAAGAUCAGAUCGAGCUGAAGGAGAAGCAGCUUUCCACCAUGAGAGUGGACGUGUGCAGCACCGAGACGCUCAAGUGCUUGAAAGACAAAACGGGAGGAAAGAAAUUCUCCAAGGAGUUUGAGGAAGCGAGUUCAAAGCUGGAGGAAUUUGUGAAUGGCCUGGACAAGCAAGUGAAGAACGGCCCCUCGCUCACUGAGGCCCUGGAGAACGCCGGGAUAUUUUAUGAAGCGCAGUACAAGGAAGUGAAAGUGGUAGCAAAU